CUUGUAGUUGUACUUAUUGGAGACUCUGGAGUAGGCAAGAGUAACCUUCUGUCUCGAUUCACUCGCAAUGAGUUUAACUUGGAAAGCAAAAGCACCAUUGGAGUGGAGUUUGCGACAAGAAGCAUUCAAGUUGAUGGGAAGACAAUAAAGGCUCAGAUAUGGGACACAGCAGGGCAGGAGCGAUACCGAGCUAUAACAUCGGCGUACUACCGCGGAGCUGUAGGGGCGUUACUGGUGUAUGACAUUGCUAAGCACCUUACUUACGAGAACGUCGAGCGGUGGUUGAAAGAGCUGCGAGACCACGCUGACAGCAAUAUUGUAAUCAUGCUUGUGGGAAACAAGAGUGACUUGCGCCACCUGAGAGCGGUCCCUACGGAUGAGGCCAGAGCUUUUGCAG